AUGAAGGCCAUCCAGAAAGAGAUUUCCCUCCUCCAGAGGCCUCGCCACCGCGACAUCAUCCAGUUCCUCAGAACACACGAGGAAGACGGUCAGAUCUACCUCCUCAUGGACCUUGCCGAAAACGGUAGUCUCGCCAGUGCAAUCAACAGGAAAAGCGGUGGCGGACAAGAACUGUUGCUCGACUGGCCGACCAAGAUGCGACUCACACACGAGAUAGCGUGCGCAUGCGGGCUCGAGUACAUUCAUCACGAAGGCGUCCUUCACCGCGACCUCAAAAGCGCCAACGUCCUCUUGACACGACACAUGGAGGUCAAGCUAGCCGACUUUGGGCUUGCACAGGAGACUUUCAACAACCACGGAAAAUUAAGGAAGCAACAGUUCAAGACCCUCAACAAAGCGAUUGUCGAUUCCUUCUAUAUUACCCAUGAGCUUCGACAAGCUCUUGUCCAACAUCUUCGCGCAAGUGGCUGGAUCGUCUGUGGUUGCCGCUCAGAAGCCGACACCUGCAUCGGAUCCACUUGCAAACAGGACGACAUCGUCAUAACCCGUGACAGUGACGCGCUAGUUUACAGCAACAUUAACACCAUCUGGAGACCUUUCGGUCGUGACCGAUAUCUUGUCUACCAUGUCUCUGACCUGUUACGCCAGCUUGAGCUUUCAAGAACAGGACUGACCACCCUUGGAAUUGUCACCCAGAACGAUUACGGCAAGGGUGUCCACAAGAUGGGAGUCAAAGGAAACUUCAAGGUCAUUUGGACUCUGGAGGCAGAAGACACGUUAAAAAAUGCGAGUGUCCAAGAGCUUGUUGAUGCCUACUUGGAGAACACUACCGUGUCUAGCAAGCACCCUACUGAGAGAAUCUUUGACCCGGCUCUUCAGAUAUUCACUCUCCAACAAUUCACGCCUCUGACCCUACCCCACAUUCAGAAUCCCAUUAACGAGCUACAGGAGAUGACCCAAUGGCUGGCAGACAUCCGCUUACGCCUCAAAACCAGCCGAAAAACAUCAAGAUCGGCCACUGGUGAUCAAGAAGGAGAGCGAUCUACAAAUUUCAUCCGAUACUCCACUGUCGACCGUCCUCCAAGUCAGCUACCUCACCCUCACACCUCGGGACGGCCUUACGAGUAUCGGGAGCGCUACGCGGUCAAGACGAGAUCACGUCUCAUCUCACACGAGAAGCCCGAUAUAUUCAAGCAGUACUUCUGGAAGCCUCCAAAAGAAAAUGCCGAGUCAGCAAAAAACCCCUACAGCACCACCAGUACCGGCACCAGUACCGAGGCAGGACCCAGCACCAACGUCGGCGCCACCAGCCCCCCACCGAAAAAGAAACAAAAGUCUACCCCUAAAAAAAUUCAACCUGCAGCAGAUAAGAUGACCAAGAUUCAGCUCGUCAAAGCCAUGCAACGAGAACACCCUCUUCGAACCUUGGACAUUGGAACCCUGAAGGCGAAUACGUCUCGAGCACUAAAGAAGGAGAUUCCUUACGACGCGGAUUUACAGCAAAAGCUCCAGCAUGCGAUCACCACAUGUCUCUCGGACAUCUCUAAACUUACUUCGAGAACGAAACUUUGCUGUCAACAGAUAGUCGGUCAAUACCUCGAAAACCUCUCUGUCGACCACCUUGACGAGGACGACAGAACCAUUCUCAGCUACUUGACCCCUUACUUCUCGGCCCAGGAGAUCGAGGAGGCCAAAAACGGCAUCACCCCGAACCCAGAAGAGAAGCCAUCUGACAACAAGAACAACCCUGAGGCAAGCGUCGACAACAAGAACUCUCCAGAAUCUUUUUUCUUAUCGCUUCUGGUUGCCAUCUACAAGGCUAGCGCUCCUCAGAAAACAAAGAAUGCGGGUGCAGCUGCGGCUAUUCAGCAGCAGAAGAAGAAGGGACUCUUGCCCGAGAGCGCUCCAGAUCAUGUCAAUACAGACAAGACCCCAACGGAGAACUUCAUCAUUCUGAACAGGACGAUCGGAAGAAGCUGGCGAUUAUCACCAAUGUCACCCCGUGGAAGAAAGUUCGUCAAUCUUUCAGAGGAUGAGCUGGUCAGGAUCUUCUGGGCAGACGUGACCCUACGGAAACAGCUACAGAGUUAUGCCCAUCCAACUCUCCCAUCUUUCACCGACCCUAGCCGUAUUCCUCAGGAUGAUGUUGUUGGUUGGCUCAAAAACCUCGACCCAGGAGAGCUGAUCAACAGGCUUUUGACCGACAUUGGAGGAUUUACAGAGGAUGAGAGGAGGAAACGGAAGGACUGGUCACGAUCCGCGCACCGUAUGUCGAUUGGUGAUAUGAAUGCUCACAUCUCCAAUACUCGGGACAGAGAUUUUAAUCCCAAGGCUUCGUAUUCGAGUAAGGGCUAUGCUCUCCGAGGAUCGGUCAAGACGGACGGGUAUCGGAUCCAGUUGCUCGCCUUCAAGCUGAAUGAACUCAAUUGUGUCAAGUACCAGCGAUUGGGUGAGGACAAGCUACCAGACCCACUAAUAUCGACGCUUGGAGGCACCGACCACUACCUCAGGGAGAUCCGUGGCGUGGUCAAGACAACGGAGGACGUCAAGCGGAUCUGGGAUUGUGACCCGAAGGAAAUCAAGAUCCUCGCGAUUGACUUGGGGCAGGCAUUUGUCGUUGGCGCCAGUGCCCUCUUACCCUCGUCCGCGUCGGCCACUCCAACUGAUGGAGAGGAGCAAGGAGCCAUCACCGAGAUCGAUGUACCCUUGCCAGCUCAGUUCCACAACCUGGUAGCCAGUCAGAAGGCCGUCUACCAGCCAACGUCUAAGCACAGACGAUGGCUCGAACAGAGGAAGGGACGUGCAGUCGAGGGCUUGGAGGCAAUUGCUCACAAGGAGACCAACUUGCCGUCGCUCCGUGGAGCAGAAGCGUCGAUCGCCGAAUAUGUCAACCAGUCCAGGGCUGUGGAGACUGAUCUCGAGACAUUUUACAACAAUGUUACUCUCAAGAAGCAUCAGUGGGAUGCAAAGCGAGCAAGGGAUCAAGAGUUCAAACUGAUCGGAAAACGCCUUUUGGAGCUGGUGGGAGGUACCCCAGGCGCGAAACGAGACAGCAAGAGCAAGGUCGUAAUCGGUAUAGGACUCGGAGAGUUCUCUUCGAACUCACGGUUGUCGUCCCUCCAUACAGCAUUUUCCGAGUACUUUGUGCAGUUGGCCCGAUCGUUGGGUUAUAUCGUAGUCGGCGUAAACGAAUACUAUACGUCCAAGAGGUGUCCAGUCUGCCAUGAGUUUGUUGGCCAAGUCGACAUCCGUCAGCUGUAUUGCCCCACUUGUGGCGCCAAGGUGCAUCGAGAUGUUAUGGCAGGUCAUACCAUGUGCAACAUCAUCCAGGGGCACCUACUUCACCACAAGCGCCCUCGCUACUUGCAACCAUACGACUAG